AUUUCCCCUACAUAAAGCCCCACGCGGACCAAACCCAGCCAACUCACCCAUCGUCUCCACCAUCUCUGUCGUCUCCUCUCUCUCUCUCUCUCCCCCUCUGCAAAUCUGCAAUCUCGAGAAUUCACGAAAACCCACCAUGUUUUGACAGACCACAACACAACUGACACAAAAAGCAGAGAGCUUUUUCUGUUCUUCUCCUAAAAAAAUGGAGUUCAGACACCGAGUUAUCAUUCUAUGUCUCUGUUUUUUGUAUUUAACCGCUGUAGACUCCGAUCUCGCCUCGGACAGAGCGGCACUUCUCGCUCUUCGUGCAGCAGUCGGCGGCCGGUCACGUCUCUGGAACUUGACGGCGAGUCCAUGCUCGUGGUUUGGCGUGCACUGUUUUCAGGACCGAGUUGUCGAGUUGCGUCUUCCCGGAGGAGGUCUCAUCGGGCAGCUUCCGAUCGCCAUUGGUAACCUGACUCAGCUCCAGACUUUAUCUCUCCGUUUCAACGCACUUUCUGGGCAAAUUCCCCCUGACUUCGCGAAUCUCAACUCGCUUCGGAAUCUUUAUCUCCAGGGUAAUGAGCUUUCUGGGCAGAUUCCCGAGUUCUUAUUCUCGUUACAGAACCUGAUUAGACUCAAUCUCGCGAAGAACAACUUCUCCGGUCCUAUUCCUUCGAAUGUAAACAACUUAACCCGGUUGUCUACUCUGUAUCUGGAAGAGAAUCAGUUAAAUGGGUCGAUUCCAGAUAUCAAUCUACAGCUCGAGCAAUUCAACGUAUCGUUUAAUCGGCUGAACGGGUCGAUCCCGAAAUCCUUAUCGGGUCAGCCGGCGAGCGCUUUCAACGGGAAUUCCCUCUGCGGAAAGCCGUUGCUAGCUUGUAAUGGUACUGAGAGCGGGAAAAAGCUAUCCGGCGCCGCCAUUACAGGGAUUGUCAUUGCUUGCGUCUUCGUUUUGUUAUUAAUCUUAGCGAUAUUGAUCUUUCUAUGUAAAAGACGUAAAGGGAAAAGCAGUCGGUCACCGAAUCUUGUCUCGACCAGUGGAGAGCAAACAGCAGCUCAAAUUCCACGUUCCCCGUCGGCGGUGGAGAUUCAAGACAAGAGCAGCGGGGUGACGGCUCCAGUUUCCGGGGAUCAAAAGGGUAAAACGGGUUUGGUGUUUUUUGGGACCGCCCUGGGUGGGUUUGAUUUGGAGGAGCUGCUGAGGGCGUCGGCGGAGGUUUUGGGGAAGGGAACGUUCGGGACGGCGUACAAGGCGACUUUUGAGGCCGGACUGGUUGUGGUGGUGAAGCGGCUGAAGGAUGUGCCGGUGGCGGAGAAGGAGUUCAGAGAAAAAAUGGAGGCUGUUGGAGCAAUGAGACAUGAAAAUUUGGUUCCCUUAAGAGCUUACUACUACAGUAAAGAUGAAAAGCUUCUUGUUUUUGAUUACAUGCCCAGAGGAAGCUUUUCUGCUCUUCUUCAUGGAAACAGGGGAGCUGGCAGGACUCCCCUGAAUUGGGAAACAAGAGUGACAAUUGCUCUUGGAGCUGCAAGAGCAAUAACUUAUAUCCACUCGCAAGGCCCUACAAUCUCCCAUGGAAACAUCAAAUCAUCAAACAUCCUCCUCUCCGAUUCCUACGAAGCCCGGGUUUCAGAUUACUGCGUCGCUCAAGUUGUUAUUUCCCCAUCCACUCCCAACCGGGUUGAUGGCUAUCGUGCUCCCGAAGUUACUGAUCCUCGCAAAGUAUCCCAGAAAGCAGAUGUUUACAGUUUCGGCGUAUUGCUUCUUGAAUUACUUACAGGGAAAUCGCCAACACAUCCUCAACUAAACGAAGAUGGAGUAGACCUCCCACGAUGGGUUCAAUCCAUUGUCGAACAAGAAUGGAGCGCAGAGGUGUUUGAUAUUGAGCUUGUAAGAUACCAAACAGUUGAAGAUAACAUGGUUAAGCUCUUGCAGCUUGCUAUCAAUUGUGCUGCUCAGUAUCCUGACAAGCGCCCUUCCAUGACCGAAGUUUCUAAACAGAUCGAGGAACUUUGUCACGCCGCCUCGCAGAAAGACUAAUCCGUAUGAUCUUCUAUUGCAGAAGAUUCAGGUUCAGAAAACCACGUUUGGCAAAGGGUUGAAAUUGAAGAGAUUGAAGAUCUUUGAUUUGGUUCGUGCUUUAGUUUUUAGCGGUUCAUAUUGUUUGUUUAUUCAUGGGGGGUUUUUUUGCCCUUUUCAAAACCCUUUUUUAUUUUUUGUUAUUCUUUUUUUUUAUCUCCCACAUUUUUUCUUUAUAUCUCUUUUUUUUUAAAU